GUGUAGUCUGGGGUCAGCCAUCCCUCAGCUAUGCCUAGGUUGUCCAAAACCGCGACUCGUCCCCACCAUUAGUGUACUAAUAGUACUGCGUAGCCUCUCUUCGCCAAGGCCGGCAGUUGUAAUAACUAGAUGCCCAGUGGUCCACCGCCUCCAAUUUCUGGGGAUGAGGGGGAAUGGUUUAUCUGAGCGUUCUUCGCUUCAUCAACAUCAUAUCGCUUCUUUUGCCUCCGCACGACCGAACCUCCCUCCCCUGAAUCCCAAAGUCUCGACCCCGCUCCUGUUUCGCUGGCAAUUGGCAUCAAGAUGAUCGUCACGAUUCUCGUCGGCGUGGCCGUGGCCGUGGGACUCUCGUAUCUUACAUUGAUAUUUCCCCUGCUGCAACAAAACUGGAAGCUCUACGCGCGCCGCUCGCAGCUCCCGCCAGGCCCCAAGGUGCUCAAGACGGGCAUCACGAAGCCAUGGCUGUGGUUCCACGAGCUGAACAAGGAGUACGGGGACGUGGUGUACCUCCAGCUGGGGCCGACGCCGACCAUCAUCCUGGGCUCGGCGCAGGCGGCCUGGGACCUGCUGGAGAAGCGCGGCGCCAUUUACUCGUCGCGGCCGCGCUUCAUCAUGGGCGGCGAGCUUCUGUCCGGCGGGAUGCGCGGCCUGAUGGCGCCGUACAACUCCUUCUGGCGCCGCUGGCGGAAGUUGCUGCACGGCGGCUUCAUGCAGCGCCAGAGCGAGUCCUACCGCCCCAUCCAGAGCCUCGAGUCCAAGGUCCUGAUGCGCGACCUGCUCAAGACGCCCAACGAUUUCCGGACGCACCUUGAGCGCUACGCCGCCUCCGUCAUCGUCACCGUCACGUACGGGCGAAGGGUCCAGGACGUAAGGACCGAUAUCGUAGUCCAGCGCAAUGCCGAGUCAAUGGAACGCCUCACCUCCGUCAACAUCCCCGGCAAAUUCGCUGUUGAGCGCUACCCUGCGCUCAGGUUCGUGCCCAGCAUCUUCGCGCCGUGGAAGGCCCAGGUGCUCGAGCAGCGGCAGAAGGACAUCGUCCUGUACACGGAGCUCAUGGACGAGAUCCGCGAGAAGGCCGCCAAGGGCAACGCCCCCGCCUGCUUCGCCACCCACCUCCUGAAGGAGCAGGCCAACCUCGGCAUGUCCGAUCUCGAGAUCGCGUACACGGCGGGAUCCCCCUUCGGUGCCGGCGUGGAGACGUCGGCGGGAUCGCUCGCGAGCUUCUUCCUCGCGUGUGUCAAGUUCGGCCACCGGUUCAUUCCCCUGGCCCAGGAGGAGCUCGACAGGGUGGUGGGCACCGACCGGCUCCCCACGUUCGACGACCUGUCCCAGCUGGAGUACGUCCGGGCCAUCACGUCAGAGACUCUGCGCUGGCGACCCGUCGGCGUGCUGGGAGGCACGCCGCACGCGAGCACGGCCGACGACGUGUACAAGGGGAUGUUCAUCCCCAAGGGCAGCACCGUCAUCGCCCCCCUUUGGGGUCUUCACCUGAACGACGCAGAUUUCCCUGAGCCCCAUGAGUUCAAGCCAGAGCGCUUCACGGAGAAGCGAGAGUACCCCGGCACGUUCGGCCACAGCGCCUUCGGCUGGGGCCGCCGCAUCUGCCCGGGCAUGCACCUCGGCAACGCCUCCGUGUCGAUCAACAUCGCGCGCAUACUGUGGGCCUUCAACGUGGGGCCCGCGAAGGGUGCCGAUGGGAAGGACAUCGAGGUUGACAUAUUCGCCUUCUCGGACGGGUUCAACUCCACCCCUCUGCCAUUCCCCGCCUCGAUCACACCGCGCUCGGCCAAGCAUGCCAAGGUCAUUGAGCGGGAGUUCCGGGAUGCCGAGGAGCAGUUGAAGGUGUACAAUGUUACUAAGAGCAAUAUCUCCUAGGUAAGUGUAGGGAUUGGAGAUUUGAGGUGAAAAUAGUUGUUAGAGUUAGGAUGGACAAGGUCAAGAUUGUAUUCUAUCAAAAGAAAAAACCAAUCUGCAUGUCAGUAAAACGAGCAGUGUGUACCUAGUAUCAAGUCGAAAAAUAUUAGCAACACAAUCUUGUUGA